AUGGCCCCAACGACGUGUUUCAACUGUAAGGAGGCGCGCGCUGUUAUUAUCAGGCCCAAAAACAGACACAAGCUGUGCCGGGCCUGCUUCAUCGAAGUUUUCGAGACCGAGGUGCACGAAACGAUCACCGGCACAAACCUCUUCUUCCCCGGCGAACGAAUCGCGAUCGGAGCCAGCGGCGGAAAAGACAGCACAGUCCUGGCAGCAGUUUUGAAAACUCUGAACGAACGAUAUAACUACGGACUAGAUCUCUGCCUACUCUCCAUCGAUGAGGGCAUUCGCGGCUACCGCGAUGAUAGUCUGGAGACAGUCAAGCGCAAUGCUAAGCAGUACGACAUGCCGCUGACGAUCGUGGGAUAUGGCGAAUUAUACGGAUGGACUAUGGAUCAGGUUGUGGAGCAAAUUGGCAAAAAAGGGAAACUGCACAUACUGUGGCGUGCGCUUGAUCGGGGUGCGGCGCGUUUGGAUAUCCAACAUGUCGUCACGGGUCACAAUGCGGACGACGUUGCUGAAACCGUCAUGAUGAACUUGCUUCGCGGUGAUCUGCCUCGUCUUUCUCGCGGAACCAGUAUUGUGACUGCCUCCGGUGGCUCGGAUAUCAAGCGAAGCAAGCCGCUGAAGUACGCCUACGAGAAAGAGAUUGUUCUCUACGCCCACCACCGCCAACUCGAUUACUUCACAACCGAAUGCAUCUAUUCCCCGAGGCAUUCCGCGGCAGUGCCCAUCCGCCCCAGCUCCAUCUUGGACAUUGUCAAGAGCGGCGAGGAUAUGGCCGCUCUGGUCCCACGAGACACGAGCCAAGAUGGCAAAUCUUGCAAAACAACCGCAGCAGCAGAGGAAGAAAACACCGGCAGUUGCGGCAGCCAAAACGGACGGACGAGUGGUGGCGAGAUGGCAGCCAUGGAAAAGCAGUUGACUGAGAAUGAGACUGCCGAGGCACACGAGACGGAGAUCCAACUUCCUCGAAAAGGCGCAAAGAACACAAAGAACACUGUCAAAAGCUCCAAGGCUGUCAAAAGCCAGACUUUGGGUCACUGUGAGCGUUGCGGCUACAUCUCCAGUCAACGGGUGUGCAAGGCAUGCACUCUCCUGGAAGGUCUCAACCGCAACAGACCCAAGACUGCGAUUGAGGUUGGGAUGGAAGAUGAGGAAGGUAGCUCAACACUGAUGCGUCAGAUGGAGCGCACUCAGUUGACCAACAGCUGA